AAACAGUGUUUACAGUGUUCCCAGUGUUCCCAGCAGACGUGUUGACUGCUUCUGUUCCAGAUGAGUGCCAAAAAGGUCAGAAGAGCCAAAGUGCUCAGGGUGCCACAGCAGGAGGCUCAGAAAGGCUCAUCUAAUGAUCGUACGGAUUCCCCCAACCUGUCCUCUAUAGAGAGAGCUAGUUUCCUCGAGGGACUGCAGCAGAAUUUUGGUAACCCUCUGCACAGUACGGCCAUGGAGGAAGAUUUGAACGUCCCAGAGGAGGAUCGGAUGAACAGAAAAAAAGCUGGGGAAAAAGAAAUUCCUCGGACAGUGAAGACCGCUGUAAAGCAGCGCGGAGCUGCCGUGAAGAGGAAGGAGACGGAAAGGGACGGAGAGAAGGAGGAGGAAGAGGAGAAGAAAAAGAGGAGCAGGACAAGUACUGGAGGGACGAGGCCGGUGAAAACUCUUCAGACGAAGAAAGGCAAGAAGAGAGAGAGUAAAACAGGAAGUGGAGAGUCCAGUGAGGCUGCAUCGCCAAAGGAGAGACCUGACACUGCACAGAAGAAAGUCCUGUCCUCUGAGGGGGAAGAGGUGGAUGAAGAUAGGAGUUGGAACCCAAGUCCAAAGAAGGCCAGGGCUUUAAGUUUGGGCAGAGCCAGAAAGUCUUCGUCUAAUAAGUCUAAGCCUAGAACGUCUUCAUCAGGCAGUGCAUCUGCAGAACCAGAGAAGGCAAGCAAAGAUAAACAGAGGAGGAAGAGACGUGGUGGAGGUGGAGGAACAGAGUCAGAGGUGGUGCUGGAUGCCUUCCUGGAGUUCUGUGACCAGUACAGAGAGUCUGUGGCGUCUAAAGCAAUCGAACAGGCCGUUGAUUCUUUCUCCUCCAAUGUGAAGGUGCAACUGUUGGAAAAGAUCUCUUCUUUCAAGGAGUUCAAGGUUCUAAAAAGAGAAAACGCCAAGGUGGGUUCUUUGAUCCACACAAAAAGACAGAGACUGCUGGAUGCCAAACAUGAGCUGAUGAGGGCAGAGAGGCAGGCCUGGUUGCUGCAAAAGGAGAAAGCUGAGCUUAAAGUCCGGUUGGCCGAUCUGAGACGAGGCCAAGCCUUUCUGCAUGACAUCCGAGUGCUCAACAGACAAUACCUGGACUACCGACACAAACACCGCAAAGAAAAAGAGAUGUACGGGGCGUCCAGCUUGCCUGCUCUGCUACUGGAGACCAAGCAUAUUCAGACAAGAGAAUCAGCUGGAAGACUCCAAAAAAGGCUGAAGAAGAACGAGACUCGGAAAUAAUGCACCAUGCCAUACACACACAAAAUAUACACCAGACUCAAAGACUACAUAGAACAAUACUAAGGACAUUUCAAAGCCUAAUGCAGAAAACAGCUUAACAUUUUGUAAUAUAUGUUGUGGUUCAGAUUUCGUUAUGUAUAUGGCCCAAAUCCUGGCCAAUCUGGAGCAUUGCUAUAUACAAAAAAAAUGUAAUGUAAAUAAAUGCAUGCAAC